CAUGACUUGGUGAUAAAAGUAGUUUAACUACCUAGGUAGUGUCAUGCCGGAUUACUUAGGCAAUAUGCUGCACAGGGUCUGAGCGUGCUGAGAUAAGUCAAAGCUUUCCAUUCAAGCUAACCUCACGAGCGUACGCAUACGAUCACGCUUAAAGAGAGCUUCGACGCAGGCGGUUGUGGAUAGUGCACAGUUUAUAGAGAAGUAAUGGCAUGCUAUUCCAGCAUUCCUUACCUUUGAAAGUGAUACUGUGAGCGGAGUGCUCACUCAUUCGGAACAGCCCAAAUCAGCCGCUUAGCAAGCAGCUUUUAAUUUUUGCAUAGUUACGACGACAACCUAAGGUAGGCCCUAGCAACGCAAGCCAGCAUGAGAGUCUUGCUCCCUCGCCUGCCUGAAGAACUGGCCGUGACUAUCUCACGCCAAUGGCCAUGGAGAGAGCUCCAAAUCCGACAACUCGCGUGCCUGUUAAGUCCCGAUCUUCCAUCUCCGCCAGCCAUCAUAGUCCACGGUCCCCGGGGUUCGGGGAAGUCAAGCAUCCUAAACGCAUUGCUAACUGCGUAUAACGAACUUCCGCCAGUGGGUACGCGAUCUAGUAGUGACAGCGAAGAGUUAGAUGUUAAUGGAGAUGGAGAUGGAAGCCGCUGCGCUAUACUACCUUACGCCGUCGUGAAGUGCGCGGAGUGUAUAACCGUGCGACAUCUACUGGGCAGAAUUGUGGCAGUUGUUAUAUCAGGCGCAUGUGCGUCAGCUUCGUUCCCGGACGAGGAUGCGCGGCGGCGUUUUACGGAAGGUAUCCGCGCCAGAGCUAGGUGUGACCAUAUCAGUUCGCUGCCGGGCGUGCUCAGGGACGUUUUGGAUAGCGCUGGGUGUGAAAAAUUCGUCCUAGUUAUGGAUGGUGUGGAUGGUUUAAGGGAAGGGGGCCAGAUGCUCUUUGCUGCUCUGGGGAGAUUGGCUGAAUUGGUCCCAUCAAUAUGUGUGGUAUUCGUCAUGAGAUCUUCUCCACGACCACUUUUGCUGCAAGUUGCCGGAAUUCCCCAUAUUUAUCAUCCCCCAUAUUCGCGGAACGAGGCCAUUUCGAUACUUGCGGCCUCCCAGCUACCUAAAUUACCCGGAUUACCUACAGAUACCGCAAUGAGAAUAUAUCCACCUUUCAUAUCAACUGUCUAUGACUCUCUCAUUGGACCAACCGCCAGUACCAUUCCAAUUUUCCAAUCUGCGUGCGAGAAACUCUGGCCGCGGUUUGUUUCUCCAAUAACCAACAACGAAAAGCCUCCGGGAUUGAACCCCAGUGCUCAGUGGGACUUUUCUCGACUCCUUGUUAGAAAUAGGGCUUUAUUCCAACACCAGGGUGAAGAGGUGCUGGUCCAUCGCAUCACUACGAAUGAAACACUUAUUUUGGCAAACAACGCAACAACUGUUGCUUCGUCUGUCCCCCUCUCAUCAUCUCCAUUUCCCUCGCUCCCCUACCUCCCAACUUUAGUCCUCACCUCAGCUUUCCUGGCAGCCCACAUCCCGCCCCGGCUCGACACGAUCUUCUUCUCGAAAUUCUCCUCGUCCUCUCUUUCCGCCCGCAACAAGCGUGCCCACCAUCGCAGACGCCUAAAAGUUCUCUCCCAAGCACAAGCCCAAGAGCAAGACCUAGACACCGCAGAAGCCGCAGCAGCUACGCCGUCAAAAUCCCCGGGCGCCAGAAGACGUAAAUCAAAACAUACAAAGAUCACAAAAUCAGCCCUCUCCUCCGCGCUAGCAUCAUCAUCCUCAUCCGGCAAUACUGGCGCAGGUUUCAUAAACCCGCGACCGUUCCCCCUCGAACGCCUCCUCGCCAUCUACCGCGCCAUCGACCCAAACCCACCCGCCGCACCGACUGCGAGCAAACCCAUCGCUGACACGAUAUAUCCAGAGCUAGCCACGCUGCAGCGGUUACGCCUCCUUGUACCUGCCUCGUCGGCAGCGGGCGUAGACGGCGCAGAGAAGUGGUGUCUUAAUGCGAGCGUGGCGGUUAGUUCUAACUCUACGGGCCCGAGCGAGUGGAUUGCGGACAUGGCGAGGGAGAUUGGGGUUGAGGUUGGAGAGUAUUUGGCUGGAGGGCUAGAUUGAAUAGGGAGGGGAGUAGUAGAGGGGGGUAUGAAUUGAAUUCCAUUUUGGGUGAUAUAUAAUUUGGGGGCGUUUAUUGGGACCAUGCCAUACAUACAUGGACGGCAGGAUUAGGUGCAUUUGCGUCAAAAGGUAGUCGUUCUUACUUUUCUUCCCACCUCUAUACCUCAGUAUUCUAUUGAACAACUUGCCAACAUAUUUAUACAAUAUAUACAAAUAGACAGGAUAUUCCGAUAUGUUUUAUUAUACCCAUGAAGCUCCAAGUUCCGCGGCUAGGGAAGUACUUUACGAUCAUCCAAAUUCCUCACACAGCUCUUCAACAUCCUCUACUUUCAUCAUGGAUGAAAUUGAAUUGCAUUACAUUAGUUAUUCACUGUUUUCUGUCCUACAAAAGCCCAGAUACCUCCGUUUCCCUUCCCUGGAUGUUUAAUGCAUUUCACUUGGUAGCCUCCCCCGCCCUCUCCUCCUGUCCCCUUCACUCCCUAACAACCACUCCGUCGUAUCCAUUUGCUUAUGGGCACCGCUUGCAAGCAGGCUAUUGUUAAAUCUCAUAUAAGUUUCCUGCAUUUAUGAUGAAAUGAAAAUACUCCAGGAUGGCUCAAUUCUUACAGUAUUAAAUUUAACGGUAGCAAGACAGGCAAGGUCCAAUAAUGGGAUAUCUAUUGUCGCGCAAAAAGAUUUUUUAGCUCUACGAUCCUCAUGUCCACAAAAAUGCGGGACGCUGAAAUCUGUCAGGGGAAGGAAAAUAAACGAAAGACGAAAAAAAAAAAAAGAAAAAAAAGAAAAAAAACAUACUGAGGUCCGCCAUUGGCGGCAGCUAGAGCGCUUAUAACAUUGUAGCGGGCUAGCGAUUUAAUGCAUGCUGUAACUACAGGCGGUUCCACAUCCUAUAGUUACUGUAGAUGAUUGGUCAAAAAUGUGGCUUCCAUGGCUCUCUCUACUUAAUCCGACUUACAAACCCAAUUACACCCCGCAACGACUGCAGAGUCCUUGAUCCUGUCGAUAUGGGCUCUCAAUGGUUUGUUUGGCAGGUUUUGUUUUAACUGGUUCAAGACAGAAUAUAUGUCGUCUCGAAAGCAGGAAUCGACAGCUCUCUUUAUAUUAUAACUACCCUUCGGACGCACCAUGUCAUGAACCAGGAAAGGCGGCAAAAACAGGCAUGUCAAUGAAGAGAUAGCGCAAGUGAGCUUUCUUCCCUCCCCACCCUCUGUAGAAGUUUUGAUUCCAUAAAAAGAAAUAUCGUACGUCUAGACGACGAUGCCCCCCGCAACGUUGCCAAUGUCACUGAGUUGCGUUCUACACUUUGAUGCGGCAGACGCAGUCUUGGGAUCGACAAUAUGACGAUAGGCGCAAGAUCUUGCUCGUAACCCCAGCUUUUAGCUCUAUGGCCAGAAAACACCCGCUCUAAGUUUCCCCGCAACAUCUGUACUUCGCCCCUAAGCUUUUCCUUGGGCGAUGAUUCGUUGGCUCCAUCAUGGACCGGCUGGUGUGGAUACCAGAAUCAUUUUUCGGCCAGACCGUUGUUUUGUCUCCUGUUUGGCCUGCCUGCUAUCGCCAGCGAUAAAAGAGAUGUAGGCCCAAUUGGUAAUGCGACAAAUGACACAAGUUCAAGAGCAAUUGCAGUCCAGGAUCUUUGGAGGAGUACAAAGGUCUUCUUAGAAGGUCCACAUCUGGAAAUGGAUGCAUAAACUCUUGCAUUAAAGCCCUUUAGUUCAUGAAACCUGUCAGCAAACUGGGCAAUCAAUCAAUUCCCACCAGGCUGGGGGGGUGGCAGUGCUGGAUAGAUCUUUGGUGAAGUGGCAAGAGCUCUCUCUCUCUCUCUUUCUCUCUCUCUCUUUUUUGAGAAAUAUCAAACCCGGAAGUGACAAGCCGUCACGCCUCGUUGUCUUGCGUUCAUGGAAAUCUGUCAAAGGAGCAGAUCAGCCAAAUAUUGCUAGUACCCGUCGAGAGGUGAGCUAGAGCUAUAUUCCUCAUCAUUGUGCAUUGAAAAUGCGGCACGGGGCUUACCCAUUCAUAUCUCCUCUAUCUCAAACAAACAAAAGUGAGUAGUUCUUCGUCCGCUUCCAGUCAACAUCAUCAGGCGCCAGGGUAGCCCAGCAGUUUGGCGAAGCUCGUCACAGUCAAGAUCAGAUCCACCAGUAGUUUCUGCAGUAGGCUAAUCGGCGCGACCAAGACCAGCUUAGGCAUGUCGCAUGUCAAGGAUAGGGCUUGGUUAGAGAGAAUUAGUCGCCUGCAACGGGGUUCGUUCGCCUGGUGGGUAUCCAAGCCCCCGGCGGGCUCCUCUGGCCGCGCGGGGAGUUAGGCUUAUAUCAUAAACGAACGGAAUCUGUGGCGGAGCUAUUGUGGCGGACGUAACUAUUGCUUGCGAAAACAGAAUUUU